UAGGGAGUUUUGUUAGAAGAGGAGACUUCACUUUUAAACCUGAAGAUUGGUAAGAUGUUUGGAUCCAACCAUUUUCUCUUGUGCAUUUCUGUUCUGGGAUGUGUUUUCUUCAAGUCAGAGAGUUGGGAAGUAAAUAUGCCAAGUCGGAUUGAAGCAUUGUUGGGUUCCUGCGUUGUCAUCCCUUGUACCUUUGACUACUACUACUACCCACCUAGGAGACCAGAUCGUGUUGUUUGGUACCAGUUUGCAAAACAUAGUUAUCCUAAGGUUUACGACAGCUGGUACUCAAGCGAGGUCAUUUCCAUAUUCAGAGGAAAAACAAGUUUAGUGUCAUCUCAGUAUGGGAAGACCUGCAGCCUGGAGAUCUACCCAGUGACCUGGAGGCACCACAGACAGACCAUUUACCCUUGGGUCGACCCAGAGAAUGUUGGGAGAUACACCCACCGAUUUUGGGAUAAAACUGUAACCAUUCAUGUUGAAGACAGAGCAAAUACACCGGAGAUCAUGAUCAGUGGAAACAUGAAGGUUGGAGAAAGCGUGACAGUACAGUGCUCAGUUGAUCACACGUGUCCCUCCUAUCCUCCCACUUUGAGUCUCAGCAUCUCGUCACUUAGCUACCGUCCACAAAGUAGGAUCGUGACUCGGGGUACUAGAACUACCUUGGUAUCAACUGUGGUCAUAGAGAGAGAUCAUCAAAGUGUGGAGUGCACUGUUAAACACCUUGGUGGCAUCACAGCAAGAGCGACAAAAACAUUUAAUGCAGAAUGCUCCUUUUUUCCACUGACCAUCAGUUCACCUUCAAGUGAAUUUUUGGAGGGAAUUGAAAGCAAAGUAACCUGCACUGCCUCAUACACAUGCUCUCGACACAAUCCAGUUAUUACAUGGAGCUACUCCGGAAUGCCUGUGUCCACUGAAACUAGGAGGGUGGGAGGGAGAACUAUGUGGAACACUAUCUCAACUCUGUCUCUAAAAACCUCCUCUAAUGAUCAUGGAAGAUCUCUGUGGUGUACUGCAAAAUUCUAUCAAGGGCAGACCCAGCAGAAAAGCAUCACCCUAUAUGUGAAAAGAAGUAUGUUUUCCUUGGGUUGGACUUUCUCUACUCCAAAAAGCAUCACUGGACUCAAAGGGUCGUGUUUAAUUAUCCCUUGCAAGUUCACCUACACUAAUGCCAUACCCCCAAACCUCAAACUGAUAUGGUACUUGUACCAGGACUCUGGAUACCCAACAGUUUUUGACCAAAGAGGAGGAACAGUUGUCAGUCAAUUUAGUGGUAAAACAAGCUCAGUUGGAUCUACGGCUGAUGGAAAUUGCAGUCUGCAAAUUAACAGCCUUGAGUUAUCACAAAACUUGGCAAGACUCUACCCAUGGAUUGACAAGAACGCAAUCACUUCGUACCACUCUCGAGGCCACUCAUUUUAUGAAAAAACCACUCAACUUCUGGUAUCAGAGCAUGCAAAAAAUCCACAAAUAAGCAUCAAUGGCAUCCCGAGAGUAGGAGAACAAAGCAGUGUGUCCUGCAAUGUGGAACACACCUGUUUUUCAGCUCCUCCAACCCUAUCUAUUGCUGGAAUACCCGGAACCGGCACCAUCAAAGACUCACUGGUAUCAGAUGGGAUUUGGAAAAGAACAAUAGAGCAAACUUGGAAUGUAGAAGAAGAAGACAGAAGUGUGACAUGUACAGUAAGCUAUCCCAGUGGUCAGAAAGCCACCGGACAGCAACCGCUCAAUGUCGAAUGUCCAUAUGAGGACAUAACAAUUUCAGAAAAACUGAUCAGUGCAACAGAAGGAGUGGCAAAGAGCGUAAUCUGUUCUGUAUCCUACAAGUGCAAAAAGAAUAUACCUCAUAUUGAUUGGAACUACGAAGACAUGCAAAGUACAAUAAAAAUUGUGAAGCUCUCAAAACACUCUUACAGCAUGGAAUCUAAUCUAACAUUUAUUGGGGGUUUGGAUGAUGAUGGAAAAUCGUUGAUGUGCACCGCGCAAUUUUCCUCUGGGAAGACCUCAGACUCUGCACUUCUCAACAUAACAAAAUAUGUAAAACCCCCAGAUGCUCACUACAAGAUCCAUGGAUUUGACACGGCCCACCGAUUAGCUGCUGAUGUUCCUUUCAGACUCAGCGCCCUGACUCGCUCCUGUGUUGUGAUCCCAUGCACCUUCUGGGACAGUGAACAGAUACCCAUGACACGUGGCAUCUGGGCAAAAAGAGAUGGGGGCAUUGUCUUCCACAAUGGCCGAACCCAAGUCAUGCACCACUUUAGGGACCGAACCAAAAUUGUUGGGGACCUGAGCGAAAGAAACUGCUCUUUAGAGAUCGACGACAUCAAACCCUUUGACAACGGACCUUUCUGUUUUCAUUCAGAGAGAGGGAAUGAGAAGUACACGUUCAACAACAGCUGUGUAUUUAUUGUCAUGAAAGCUUCCCCAGAAAAACCAGAGAUUACCGGAGUUCCAGCUGAAGUGGAUGCUGGUUCAGCUUUGACUGUCUCAUGCUCUGUUACACACACAUGUCCAUCACAUUCCCCAGAGUUUUCAUGGAGCGUCCCCCACAUCUCUAGUGCAGUCUCAGAUUCCUUGAUUUCAGGAGGCAUCUGGCAAAGAACGUCUAUCAUCAACUUCAUAGUUGCUCCAGGGGAUGGGGUGAAAAAUCUAACCUGCACUGCCUCCUUCUGGGGAGAAAAGAAAGGAGUCACCACAGCCGCUUUAACUGUUACAGGAACUCUUAAGUACAAAAUGAGAACCUAUGCCCCAGCGUUCGUUCCAGUGACACUGUUACUGCUCAUACUAGUUGCAGUUUUGGGGGUGUUUAUCUACAGGAAAAGAAAGGAGGCUGAAAACCAACCGAGACCACCACCUCGACCAGAAAAAAGGCACAGAGUUAAACCUUUAUCUUUUUCUGUACUUAAGCCACACUUCUUAAAGCAGAAGUCCUGCAUUUAGCUAAAACAUUAGUUUUAAAUUCUUAAAAUGCUGCAUGAGUUUUAUAGAGGGAUAGAGCAAAAAGGGUUGGUUUGAUUGGUUAUGAUGAUUAUUAUGAACUCUGAAACUUAAAGUAGUGCUAUAUACAGGUGAAUGACAUGAGCAUAAUCAAUGUCAAGAAUGAUAAGUGGAUGAGGGAGCCAGAGAACCAGGACUGAAGUUCCCCAAAUAUCAAAUGUUAUCCUGGGAUAUACUUUCGGAUGAAUAAAUUAUGAUUUUAUCUUAAAAAGGUGACAAUUUAAGAUAAAGUCUAAAAAUAUCUGUAUCAAAAUGUCCAGAAGAAAUCUACCAGAAGACAGAGAGAAACCUCCAAGGCCAGAAAAACGGGGAUCAAUAUGGAGCCGGUUAUCACGAAGGAAUCUUCCGGGAGACAGAGAGAAACCUCCAAGGCCAGAAAAACGGGGAUCAAUAUGGAGCCGGUUAUCACGGAGAGCAGCAGGAGAUCGAGGUGGUUGGCAAAACUCAAGACAAACAACUGACGUCUCUGUGAGCUAUUUAAACAACAGUAGUACGGUAGUCAUGCAGAGCUCCAAGCCACUCUACUCAUACCCUAACAACUAACCAGCAAAACAUCUCUUUGCAACACCUUUGGUGAGCUCUGAUCUGUGGGGAGGCCUAUAGAAAAUAAUAUAUUGCUUUGUUUCCUGUUUCCUUGUUCUAAAAAAUGUUUCUUCAGAAGAACUUGUAUAUUGUAACAUGUGUGGCCCUACAACCACAGAGCAGCUGGGAUAUUUUUUGGGUCAGGAAUCUACAAAAAAAUAUUUUUCUUAUGACAUUAUGACAUUGACUUGUUUAAUGUAUCUGAUCUUGAAUUCAAGAGCAUUAUCGAAAAAGAAAAGUACUAGACAAAAGUGGAGAGCUUUUCUUUAGUCCAAAGCUGCCACAUUGUCCCAUGCUCAACCCUUUGACUCCUGCUCACUUCCUCAUGGCCUCAACCACAGCUGUACUGGACAUCCUUCUAUCUGCAAUAUAGAGGAGAAUGUAAAUAUUUCAUACAUUUCAGCAUGAACGUUUGUAAUACUGGUGUGAAUGUGUACAAUUAAAAUUCUUUGUUGAAAGAAAAUAAAGUUUAACAGUGCAUCAA